UCACGUGAUCGCGAUAGGGGGCGGGAUCCAAUAUAAGCGUCGCGCGGGCGGUGUCCCGGCCGCAUUUUGAGUACGGUCCAGCCCAGGCGACUUCUUACUACCAUCAUUAUGUCUUCUGAAGAAGGAAAACUAUUUGUUGGGGGGCUGAACUUUGAUACUGAUGAACAAGGCCUUGAACAGCAUUUCAGCUCUUUUGGUCCUAUUUCUGAAGUGGUUGUGAUCAAAGACAAAGAAACACAGCGAUCAAGAGGCUUUGGUUUUAUUACCUUUUCCAAUCCUGAUCAUGCAUCAGAUGCCAUGAGAGCAAUGAAUGGAGAGUCUAUAGAUGGGCGUCAGAUCAGAGUUGAUCAUGCUGGGAAAUCUCGUGGAUCCAGAGGUGGCUACUUUGGAGGCAGGGGACGAGGUCGUGGCUAUUCUCGAGGCGGAGACAGAAGCUAUGGUGGAGACAGAAGCUAUGGUGGAGACAGAAGCUAUGGUGGACGGUACGAUAGCCGAAGUGGAGGCUACAGUAGUUCCCGUGACUACAGCAGUCAAGGAAACUAUAAUGAUCGAUACUCCUCAGGAGGUUCGUAUAGAGACAACUAUGACAACUGAGGUAAGUAGGCAUUGGAAAGGGAGUGAAAAAAUUGUCCUGUCAAAAUGCCCUUAAGCUUUCAGUGCUCCAACUUACACUGGAUAGUGGCAGAAACUUACAGCUACUGAGUUAAAAUCAAACAUGUUUCUCUAUGUAUUUGCCAUUGAUGCAGGCCUUCAGUCAAUUACUGAUGAAUAAUUUGAGUGCAUGUUGGACCUUAAAGAGUUAAAUUUUUAAUUGAGAAGUUAUCUGAGUGCUAACUGGGGGAGGGUCUGAGAUUCGUAGCAACACUAAUCUAAAAGUAUAGGAGUGAUGAAUUGCUGCAACAUGUCCAUAAACUUGUGCCUUUAUGAUUAUACCUGCUUCUUGUCCUCAGCUACACCGAGUAAAAAUCCUUCCUGACUCGAGAUCGUCCUUCCAAUGGCUGUAUUUAUAAAGAUUUUUGGAGCUUCGCUGAAUCUUGUUUAAUUACCUACAUGAUCUUCCCCUUAUAGCUUUUAUCACAUGUAGCCUGAAAGCUUCCUCUACAAGAUGGCCUGUUAGACUUUACUCAAGGGGUUUUUUUAAAGUGGUUUUUAAGCAUUUUUUAAAUCCAGUUUUAUUUCUCUUGCCUUUGCAAUCUAAGUUUUUUUUAACUUGACACAUGGGGCCCUACAAAAUAAACCUGUUGGAAGCUGACCAGUCUUUUGAAAAAGUACAAUCAUUUGAUGUUCAUCUCUUGGCAUAACAAGCAAGGGCAAGGGUGACAAGGCAAAAGAAUCUUGGUAUUAUUAAAGAUAUUGGUGGUAUUACAUUGAUCAUAGUAAAAGCUAUUUUACUGUAAACCUAUAACUCGAAUGCUUUGAGAGGUUCUUGAAAAUGUUUGUUUAUAUUGUCCAUUUUUUUUACUGGAAGAAAUAUGCAUAAUUUCAAUUAAUUGUAUUUGAAGUGGAUAAGGAAUUUCCUGUACUGAGGUUUUGGCUUUACGAAGCCCAUUAAAAUCCCAUCUGAAACAAUUCUCUGUUCUAAUGUUUGCACUACACAUCUUUGAUAGUUUAGUAGCUAGUAAGUAAAAGCAUUUUAGAUAAGGCCCUGAAGUGGUAUCUGAGUAAUGAGGGUUUUAUGUAUGCCAGGAGUUUAAAAAGUAUGAAAUACAAAUGCAAAAAUCUGACAAAUUGGGAGGGAUAAUUACAGAUUCUUGUUUCUCACUAAAGCAAUGUCCUAGCAUGAUUUAACAUCAUUAUCUCUACAAGUCUAAAUUAUCUUGAUACCAGAUGAGUAUUAGAUUGUAAAUAUCAAAUAUGACUCAAGUAUGGCCAAUAUAUUUUUUAUUCUACAAUGUUUCAAAGUGUGUUGGGAUCAACAUUGCAAUGCUACUCAGGGAAAUCAUUUUUACUUCUAGGAGGGGUAGUGACUUCUAGGAGGGAUAGAGCCCAGUGAUGACUGGGUGAAAGAACUCUUGAAACUUGCUAACAAGAAUCCCAGCAGGAUUUCUCAAUACAGUGGCACAUAGUUUUUAAACGUGUGUCAUUCAAUAGUGAAUUUAACUUAGAUUUGACUCUGAUGAGUUGAUUAAUUAAUUUCUGGUUUGCAAGUUUAUAUAGCCAUAGAAGAAACAAGAUGCUAAGUUUGUAAGCUGUAUGGUGAUACUUGAAUUUGUAACAUUCCUAAAUUUUUCAAAUAUGUUCACUGAGUAACCUUCAUGGGUUGCUACUUGCUUUAACUGUAAUUUACUUUAAUGAUGGUAUUUCUAGAGUGGAGGGCAUGGAAAAUAACUUCCCUUGCUUGUACAAACACUUCCAAAAGUAGGGAAUGCCCUACUUGGUGGUUUGAGAAAUAAAUGGCUUUGAGCUGGUAGAGAAAUACGCUUUUGACAUUUGGAAGGUCUAAAGCUUCUGUUCAGCUUUAAGGCUGGACUGAUGCUUAGCUGGCCUUACCUGUAGUUAGGUCUGUCCUGUUCUUACACUGUGAGAAUUCUCUGCUAGCAUGUGGAAGCCAGUGUCCUUGGAGACCCCGAAGUGUGUUGUCCUCCUUCAGUGCGAUCCAUGUGAGACGAAAGCUGCUCUUGGCUAGUUCAUUUGUGGAAAUAGUCCUGUAUUUCGAGGUAACUCUUUUGCUCAUGUCUGCAUCUUUUCUCCCAUAGAGCUCCAUUCUUGUUGCUGCAGCAAACAGAUCUUUGUUAUUGGCAAAUUUAUUGGGCAAAUCUGGGGUCUUAUUGGACCUUAGCAGAACUUGGACUUGAUAUAUUUGGGGUUUGUUUGUUUUCUAAUCCUGGGGGGAGGUUCUGCCUAGCUCCUGUAACUUGACAUACUACUUCAAGAAGGAGGAAGGCAGUCAGCUAAAACAAUAUUCAGAUCCAUUCAGCUACCCCUCUGUUCAUUUCCAGUCUCUUGUGUUUUAUGAAAACUUGGAUUGUUACUUGGAUUGAUGUUUCCUAAUAAAAUCUAGCUUGGGUGUAGAAGCCUUCUAUUCCCACUUCUUAAAAUAACUUCAUAUAAUUUGAAAAAAGGCUUAAAUAAGGGAGAAAAAUCAUGUUAAUUUGGGGAAUCUUCUGAGGACUUGGUGAACAGCGUCACCUGGGCCUGAAGUAUCUUGUUUAGAACUCUGUAAUCACUGAUAUUUUUGAAAAUUUUGAAUGAACUUCUUUUAAGUGAUACUUAUUGUUUGCAGGCGAGAAGAUUAUAAGUGGUUAUUCUGCCUAAAAUAAUAACCAUUGACCUCUGAAGUAAGGAACAAGGAGAUUGCUGCUUCACCAAGGUUUUAAAAACCACACUAAAGACUUUCUGUUCUAUUUGCUAGAAUAGUAUAACAGUGAACCAGAGAAGAAGGGAGCCAAGAUUGUCCAAUCAGAUUGCAGGAAUUCACACCUAUCAAAAUUGUUGUAACAAGUAUAACAGACCAAGAGGACUUGUCACUAGGUUGUAUUAGAUUGCUGGAAAUACAUCCACCCACAAGGACUUUUUUUCUGAUUAGCUAACUAGUUAUAUCUAAGAAUCCAUGCAAAAUUGGAAGACAUCGUAAUCACCUUACUGAAUUUGUGUAUUGAUGAAUAACUAUUCUGAUCCUGUAAUGGUUUUACAAGUUGGGGAAAUGGAUGUACAUAUCUACAGUUGUGUAAUUCUUGGCCUAAAUUUUCUAUGAAUGUCAGAUCAAAGUAAGAGAAUCCUUAAUGCUUUUGCUUAGAUCAUGCAUUAAUGCUAUACAGUUGGUUAUUGUUGGGUUUUUUAAAAAAGUAUGUUCUCUCUACCCUUAAAACUUUCAUUUCCAAAACUGUCAAUAUAGCAAAGUUUCUAAUAAAGUGUACUGAUUGAAUAA